GCGCAUGCCCACACAGCGGCCUCAGGUCGGAUGGCCGCGCUGCUCUGGUGGAAGCGGCUGAGCAGCCACAGUCUGGCAUGAAGGGCUGGGGUCUGGCUGCUGCUUACUCCUCGCUCCAGCGCCAUGGAAUGCCUGCGGAGCUUGCCCUGGCUCCUGCCCCGCGCGAUGAGACUUCCCCGGCGGACAGUGUGUGCUCUGGCCUUGGACCUGGCUUCUGCUGCUCGUCCCGUUGCUGCCUCCGGCCGCGCAGCCGACCAACUCGGAAGGAGCCUGGCUGUGCCGUUGUGCGGGCCCCACCGGCUCCGUGUGGCAGGUGAAAUACACCGGUUUAGAACUUCUGAUGUCUCUCAAGCCACUUUAGCCAGUGUAGCCCCAGUAUUUACUGUGACAAAGUUUGACAAAAAGGGAAAGGUUACUUCUUUUGAAAAGAAGAAAACUGAGUUAUACCAAGAGUUAGGUCUUCAGGCCAGAGAUUUAAGAUUUCAGCAUGUAAUGAGUAUCACGACCAGAAACAAUAGGAUUAUCAUGAGAAUGGAGUAUUUGAAAGCUGUGAUAACUCCAGAGUGUCUUCUGAUAUUAGAUUAUCGUAAUUUAAAUUUAGAGCAAUGGCUGUUCCGGGAACUCCCUUCCCAGUUGUCUGGAGAGGGUCAACUUGUCACAUACCCUUUACCCUUUGAGUUUAGAGCUAUAGAAGCACUCUUGCAAUAUUGGAUCAGCACCCUUCAGGGGAAACUUAGCAUUUUGCAGCCACUGAUCCUUGAGACACUGGAAGCUUUAGUGGAUCCCAAACACUCUUCUGUAGACAGAAGCAAACUGCACAUCUUACUACAAAAUGGCAAAAGUUUAUCAGAGUUAGAAACAGAUAUUAAAAUUUUCAAAGAGUCAAUUUUGGAGAUCUUGGAUGAAGAAGAGUUGCUAGAAGAGCUCUGUCUGUCAAAAUGGAGUGACCCACAAGUCUUUGAAAAGAGCAGUACUGGGAUUGACCAUGCAGAAGAGAUGGAGUUGCUGUUGGAAAACUACUACCGAUUGGCCGAAGAUCUUUCCAAUGCAGCUCGGGAGCUUAGGGUACUGAUUGAUGAUUCACAAAGUAUUAUUUUCAUCAAUCUGGACAGCCACCGUAAUGUGAUGAUGAGGUUGAACCUACAGCUGACCAUGGGAACCUUUUCUCUUUCGCUCUUUGGACUAAUGGGAGUUGCUUUUGGAAUGAAUUUGGAAUCUUCUCUUGAAGAGGACCAUAGAGUGUUUUGGCUGAUUACGGGAAUUAUGUUCAUGGGAAGUGGACUCAUCUGGAGACGCUUGCUUUCAUUCCUUGGACGACAGCUAGAAGCUCCGCGGCCUCCCGUGAUGGCCUCUUUACCUAAAAAGACCCUUCUGGGAGAUAGAAGCAUGGAAUUGAAAAACAGCCUUAGACCAGAUGGACUUGGAUCAAGCAGGAGUAUCCUAACAAACCGUUAGCAGCGACCCAGUGGAUACUGAAUAUUUUUUAUGGUUGUCACAGGAAACUUCCAAUACUCUUUCAUUAUUUUCUUUUAUAAAGUUAGACACUUGAAAAAAAUCACUGAUAUUUAAAUUAUAAUGUCUGAUGACAGAAAUACUAUGGCAUCAUGAUUGCAUUUCUAGAAUUCUGAGUUAAAGCAACAAAGUGCUUGCUUUGUAAAAGGCCAAAAUUCUAUUUCCUACAAACUUUAAUUGUUUUUAUAGACAUGAUGUAAGGCAUGGAGAGAUUAAUUUAACACAAGAACGGAUUGUCGUAUAGAUUUUAUUUACACAUAUCAAGAAAAGUGCAGUUUUAUGCUGAAUGAAGCCUAAGAACUUGAUACAUAGGUAGCCAUAGUUCUUUGUUAGUACAGGGAAUCCAUGUGAAUUUCCUGAUCUCAGGUGACUGAAAACCUAGCAUUAUAUGUACAUGUAUUGACCUUAAAACAAACUCUGGAAGUUUGUGCUUUAAAAAUCAGUCCUUGACAUAACCUUGUAUUUUUGUAUUUGCCCCCUUUUAUAUAUUAGGUGAAUAAAAAGAAAAGAUAAUUUAAUAUC